GUGACGUCGUGUAAACUGUGGCUUGGUAAAAGUUGUUUUUCUGAACGGGACGCACCGCCCUGCGCGGUGACGUCAAACUUAUGCGACAGGCGUGACGUUCAGUUGGCGCUCAGCAGCAGAAGAAGACGAGCCGAAAGCAGCCCUGGAGCAGAGAUGCAGUCUGGAUCAUCAGAUCCUCCAGGACCUGGACUGAAGUCAGUGCGACGAUCACCCCGUCUGUCUCCUCAGUGCGGCAGCAGCGAUAAAGGAAAGGAGGAAAGGAAAGGAGGGAGCAGUCUGCAGGAGGUGAAGAGGAGAGGAAGGAUGGAGAGGAGCAGAGAGGAAGAGGGAGAGAUGAGCGACAGACUGAAGAUGCUGGAUCUGUCCAGUCGCUCAGCGGCCUCUGGAACUGGUCUGGUGUACUCUGAGGUCUUCACUCGUCAUGAGAGCCUGUGGGAGUUCAGCCAUCCAGAGAGUCCACACAGGGUGACGUCCAUCAUGGAGGAGCUGCAGAGACAGGACCUGCUGUCUCACUGCGUCAGAGUGGAGCCCAGAGAAGCUGCAGAAGAAGAGCUGCUGCUCGCCCACACGAAACAGUAUGUGGAUCUGAUGAAGUCGACUCAGACGAUGGCGGACAGCGAAUUACACACUCUGUCUGAGAAAUACGACUCUGUUUACCUACAUCCAGAGUCCUUCCGGGUGGCUGGGUUGGCGGUGGGUUCAGUCCUGCAGCUGAUCGAUCGGGUUGUGAAUUCUGAACUCAGGAACGGAUUCGCUGUCAUCAGACCUCCAGGUCAUCACGCUCAGGCCAGCAAGUCCAACGGUUUCUGUAUUUUCAACAAUGUUGGCAUCGCAGCUCGAUAUGCUCGGACCAGACACUCAGUGAGCAGGGUGUUGAUAGUGGACUGGGAUGUCCAUCAUGGUCAAGGCAUCCAGUACCUGUUCCAGGAAGACCCCAGCGUCCUGUACUUCAGUGUCCACAGGUAUGAGGGCGGGUCUUUCUGGCCUCACCUCCCAGAGUCUGAUAGUCAGUUUGUUGGCAGUGGACGAGCUGAAGGCAGAAACAUCAACCUGCCCUGGGACAAGACGGGGAUGACAGAUGCUGAUUACAUCACAGCUUUCCAACAGCUGCUGUUGCCUGUCGCCCAUGAGUUUCAGCCCCAGUUGGUUCUGGUCUCUGCUGGAUUUGAUGCUGCAGUUGGAGAUCCGAAGGGGGAGAUGUGUGUGAGUCCUCAGUGUUUCCACAUCCUGACUCACAUGUUGAUGGGUUUGGCAGAAGGUCGACUUGUUCUCGCUCUCGAGGGAGGUUAUAACCUGCAGGCGACAGCUGAGGGCGCUGCAGCCUGUGUCAGAGCUCUGCUGGGAGGAGCCUGUCCUCCCCUGACUCCACCCACCGCACCCUCUGACAGUGCUCUGGACUCGAUCUCUCGGACCGUCUCAGCUCUGUAUCCACACUGGGCCUCUCUGCAAAUACUGGGCGGCAGCCCAUUGGCUCAGAGAAGCGUCAUCGGAGAAACGACCAAUACACAGAGAACCAAGCAGACCUGCGCCACACCCUCUGUUGCCAUGACAACGGGUCUGGUUUAUGAUGAGAGGAUGAUGGAGCACGUGAACAUGUGGGACAGACAUCACCCUGAGCAGCCCCAGAGGAUCUUUAAAAUCUUCUCCAAGCAUCAGCAGCUGGGAUUGGUCAGUCGCUGCCAGCGGAUACCAGCUCGCCCAGCAACAGAGGAGGAGCUGUCCAGGUGCCACAGUGUGCAGCACAUUGAGCUGAUGAAGACCACUGCAGUGAUGAAGCCCAGAGAUCUGCACAAACUGGGAGCUGAAUUCAACUCCAUUUACAUCAACAACCAGAGCUUCCAGUCUGCUCUGCUGGCUGCUGGUGGAUGCUUCAAUGCUGUGGAGAAGAUCCUGACGGGACAGGUGAGUAACGGCGUGGCGAUCGUUCGUCCUCCUGGUCAUCACGCAGAGAGAGAUUCUCCCUGUGGCUUUUGUCUCUUCAACACGGCAGCGCUCGCUGCUCGCCACGCCCAGAAAGUAUCACACGAUGCACUUCUCCGAGUCCUCAUCCUGGACUGGGAUGUUCACCAUGGCAACGGGACACAGCACAUGUUUGAGGAUGAUGACAGUGUCCUGUACAUCUCCCUCCAUCGCUAUGACAACGGGACUUUCUUCCCGUCUUCAGAGGACGCUGCCUCCGACAGGGUCGGCGUGUCCAAGGGGUCCGGGUUUAACGUCAACAUCGCCUGGAGCGGAGGGCGGAUGGGCGACUCUGACUACCUUGCUGCCUUUCACCACGUUGUCAUGCCGAUCGCCACUGAGUUCGACCCCGGUUUGGUCCUGGUGUCAGCUGGGUUCGAUGCAGCUCGGGGCGAUCCGCUGGGUGGAUAUCACGUGACCCCGGAAGGAUACGCCCACCUCACACACCUGCUGAUGUCACUGGCUGGGGGUCGGGUCCUGCUCAUACUGGAGGGAGGUUAUAACUUAUCCUCCAUCUCUGACUCCAUGGCGAUGUGCACCAGCGUGUUGCUAGGAGACCCCCCUCCCGCCUUGGUGACGCCCCUCUCCCUCCCUCAUCACAGCGCCGUAGCAACGAUCAACGAGGUCAUCCGACAACACGCCCCCUACUGGCGGUCACUGAGGAUACGCAUCCCAGCGGCUGUGCGGGCGUCGCUGCCUUCCCUGAAGCAUCGUGGGAACCGUAGUUCUAAAGGAAAAGGCAGGAAGUCAGAUCAGAGAGGUGCAGACAAACCACCGCUGUCCCCCACAGGACAGGAGGACGAAAAGACGGAGCAUGGUCUGGAGCAGCUCACACAGGGAUUGGCCAGUUUGGACAUAAGUCAGAUCUCAUCCAGUCACACUCCUGCUCUGUCUGCCCCGGUGGGCGGGACCAGUUCGAAGGUCCCGCUCAGCCCACAGGAGGUCACCCUCGAAGGUGACGUGACAGCUGGGCAGAGCCAAUCAGCAGAGAGUCUGCAGCUGCAGCCCCAGGCUGUUGCCGUGGCAGCUUCAGAGUCAGUUGCCACUGGAAACGAGGCUGCUGGUGGAACGGGGGCGGAGCUGGAGACAGAAGGAGCCUGUGGUUGGUCGGAGUCUCUGACGUCUCUGGAGCUGAUGUGUGGAGGACAGACAGACGCCACUCUGUACGUGGUGGACCCUCUGUCCUGGUGUCCGCACCUGGAUGCUGUUAGGCCCCUCCCCUCGUCAGGUAUAGACGUCUUCCUGCCAUGUCAGGACUGUGGCUCCGACACUGAGAACUGGACCUGUCUCACCUGCUACCAGGUGUUCUGCGGCCGAUAUGUUAACGAGCACAUGGUGCAUCACGGCGUCGUGUCUGAGCAUCCGAUAGUCCUGAGCUUCUCGGACCUCUCCGUGUGGUGCUACCUGUGUGAGGCCUACGUACACAACCAGAUUCUGUUUGAGGCUAAAAACUCGGCUCACUGCGCCAAGUUCGGAGAGGAGGUCCCCCCGUGGAGCUGAGAGCAGGAUGACCGCUGCUACGGCGUCUCUGGACCGUCAGGGGGACAGUCUGGACACCAGUCAUGCAUGUACGCCAUCCUGUGGGAAGCCUUUUGGAAUCCUGUGAUGUCUGGUGGCAGCAAGAACAAAUGAACAAGUGAUCUUUUUAUAUUUAAGUGCAGAAGGGUGCUGGUGCUCAUCAUCGUCAUCUUCAUCACCUUCAUCAUCAUCUUCAUCAUAUCUCACCAGCAGAUUGACAGUUCAGUUCUCACCAGCAGGGAUUUAGUUUCAUUUAAAAACUGAGGAGAAUUAAAGUUUACUCAUGGACAGAAGAGGAAGAAGUUGAGUUGUCAGAGUGGUCAUGAUGUCACCAAGAGGCCACGCCCACCACCAGCAUCUCAACAAAUUUUUAUUUUUUUAAUUUCUGUGACAAAAGAACAAAAAUCAAAAAGUCUUGUUUUUCUGCUGUCUGAUCUUUUGUUUCACGGUUCAGCGUUUCUGACCGAACGAUUGGGGAAGGUUUUUAAACGGUUUGUAAAUGUUUUAUUACCGUUCAGAUGAAUCAUCACGUUUUCAUACAGCAGCAUCUUGUUUGUACAGGAAAUAAACACCAGAGCUCAGA